GUAGUUGCAGGUUGUACUUGAAUAGGUUAUGUUUGAUUGUAAAUAAUUAACAUUAACUAUUUAUUUAAGUGUUCCUCAACAGCUAAUAUAAUUGUCGUUUUCUUUGUAUGACUUGAUUUCUUGUAGCAACUAAAUAGGUCAACUAAUUACAGGACUUUAUUGAGUACUUCCAUCAGAGCGUGACAUUUAUAACCCUGCCAAAAAUAUGUCCAAAAUUAACCAAGACAUCUUGACAGAGGAGGAAAUCGAAGAAGAAUUGUUAAACAAUGAUUUGAUAAAUUCUGGUGGAGUUGAGAAUCAAUCAUCCUUACAACAAAUGAACCUUGAAGAAAAGAAAAACUUGUUACGCUGCAUUAAACAGUCCAAAGACAGUUUUCAUCCAGAGGCUGGUUCGUCUUCAAGGUCAAUGAAAAAACCCAUAAUAAUAGAUACAACACCCUCUGAGUUUCCACCUUUACCCACCACUGUGAGAACUAACAGACUGAAAUUGCCAAAAAGAGAGUCCAAAAACGAAUCUAGUGAAAGUAAGGAUACCUGUAUCAAUUUGAUAGACGAUGAUCCAUUUCCAAUAUUUGGCGAACCAACAAAAUUUAGUCUACCUUGUUGUGUCAGUGACAAUGCUCCACCACUUCCAAUGCCAGAUCGAGCGUUCGGACGUGAGAAAUGUCCAUAUUACAGAUUUAGGGGCGAGUCCAGAGAAGACACGUUAAGAAGGAUGCUUCACGAUCAUGACUCGUGGAAAAACAGAUACAUUGCGGAGACAAGGAAACUGGAGUCUCAAGCUCUAGUUGAGAACAUAGCUUCUGAUGAAAAAGAAGGAAAAAAUGAAGAAAACGGUGAAGAUGGCGAAACUGAUCCUUACAUAUUUACAGAAAGUACCAAGACCUACAGCAAGGGCAAGAAGAAAGAGACAAAGAUGAUGUCGGACAGUGCACCUCCACAGAACAGCCGUACCCCUCAGCGGAGGACGAGCAGAGACUCCGACUGUGAGGAGAUAACACCCAUCUUGAAAACAGAGGAUACCAAGUUGGGCGAGUGGAUGACAGCAGCCAAACCAAGGAACAAACGGAACAGAAAACAGGACACCAACAGAACUAGACUUCAGGGUCAACCAGACAUUGAGAUAGAGUUUGAGAACAGAUCGUUGUGGGGGGGCCGUGCAGGGCCUCAAUCCCCUGCCCCUACCAGGAGAUCUUACCCUCCACCCGGUGUAUCCAAGGUCCAAGAAGAAGAAAAAAAUGUACAAUGUCCUAUAUGUCAGCAGAACUUCACAAGGUCAACAAUCGAGAAUCACGCGGCCACUUGCGAGGGGUUUUCAAGCUCUCCUAUGGAUGUUGAAGAGGGGUUAUAAAAGAUAAUAAGUGUAUAAAUCUUGCAGAGAUGUAAGAGAAAGAUGGAGGCCUAAAGAAAAUUACCGUUGGCAUUGUUAUGUUUGAAGAAAAACAUGAUGAUAAUUAUUAUGACUUGUAAUUGUCGUUGUUCAUAUAUAUAUAUACUGUAUGUUGUUCAUAUAUUAAGCAAUCUAAUAUUUUUUGUUAAAUUUAUUUAACUAGUAAUAAAACCAAUUGAUUUUGCAC